CCUGCCUCCCACCCUUCCUCUCAUCCCCUCUCUCUCUCUAUCUCUCUACCUAUCUAUCUUAUCUAUCUCUUAUUUCUCGUACCUAUCGCAAUCUCCCUUUUUCAUCUCUGUCACUAUCGGUCCCGCGAAGAGUCGACACACGUGUGCCAAGGAAGACAAGGGAAAGUAAUAAAAAGAGGGGGUGAGGAGAGGACGAGGAGCAGGAGGAGGAGGAGGAGGAGGAGAAGGAGGAGAAGGCGUGCAUCGUCGGAUCAGUGAAAGUGUCGAACCGACAGCCGCGUAAACAUCGUGAAUCGUCGUGUAUGUACGUGCACGCUCUAGGGACUGCUGAUAUUUCGGCCGGGGGUGGACGUGUGCGGCGCUGCCAGCCGCAGAAGUAAAAGGAAACGGAGACGAAGGAGAACGAACUUGUCGAUGACAGGAUGAUUUUUGCUAUCCGUCUAAGGGAAUGCGACUCGUACGAGGGAGUACGCGGCCUUCUCAAAUCGUGCCUUGUUUAGCGUGCGAGAGAGAUAGAGGAGGAACAACAGCUGACUCCAUCGAGUCGGGAGAAGUCGGGAGAAAUGCGGAAACGGCUCUCGACUUUGUCCGGGACAUAUUUUUAUCCGAGAGAUCAUCGUGGACGACGACGAGUUUCGCACGAUCGAGAAUCGAGUUGACCUGAUUUCGUCCUUGGACGAAUGCAGGAUCGAUCCUCCACGAGCUUGUGACUCUCUCUCUCUCUCUCUCUCUCUCUCUCUCUCUCUCUCUCUUGUAUUUCUCUGUUGUCCUCUCUCGACCGUCUCGUUUCGUUCCGUCUUACUCGACCCACGCACACGCACCCACGAACGAAACUUUCAAAAGGAUUACGGCGCUUGCGACGAUUUUAAUCGAGAAUAAAAUCUCGUCGUUCUGGCUGAUCCCGAUGAUCUCUCACCACUGCCAAAUCCGCGCGAUCUAUUCUCGGGUAUUUUCUUGGAGAAGUGUCUUCCGUAAACACCUUUGAUAAGGGACGAGCAACAGUUAAUAGUACUUUACAACGAUUUACGAAUCGUACAACUUAGAUGUUACAAAGAGUAAAUUAUACUCUUAAUCCGCGAUUCCUCAAUCAAUCAAAACGUCGUCUUCCUGAAGAGAAACAUACAAAGUAUUGUAUACUUGAACGUAUCGUUGAUACUAUCGUGCGAUUCACCGUUUUUCGACGGAUUCGUUUUGCUAACGAACGAGAGAAGCGAGAAGAAGAAGAAGAAGAAGAAGAAGAAGAAGAAGAGAGAAGUACUCUUGUAAAUUUUCGAUAUAACCAAGCUUAAAGUCGGAGCUAGUAAAUAGUCUAACGGUAGUUUAGACGUUGACAAUCGAUAAUAAAGUAAAAGAAAUAAAAAGGGAAUGGCGAGUGUUGGAAGAUAGAAGAAGAAGAAGAAGAAGAGGAAGAAGAAGAAGAAGAAGAAGAAGAAGAGAAAGAAGAAGGACGAUGCGAAACGUAAAAGUCCUCUUCGCGACGAUCCUUCCGCUUCUCGGCAUGCUCGUCGUCUCCGAGGUGCAAGCUUGGAGAUCGACGAUCGGUCAGAGCGGAACUCGCGGGAGCUCGCUCGACGGAAAGGAUGGGAAAAGUAAUUUACCAAAUCUGACCAUUGGUCUGGUAGUGCCGCACACGAAUUUUGGUGCGCGCGAGUACACAAAAGCGAUCAAUCGAGUGGUUAGCAAUCUUCACAAAGCAAGGAUCAGAGGUCAAACGAGAUUUACAUUUCUCGAGAAGUACAUUUUUACGCCGCAUCAGGUGAAGAGCACUAUGCUGAGACUCACGCCAAGUCCUACAGCGAUACUCGACUCUCUCUGCAAGGAUUUCCUGUCAUUGAACGUAUCGGCUAUUUUGUAUCUGAUGAAUUACGAACAAUACGGCCGUAGCACGGCCAGCGCUCAGUAUUUUCUUCAAUUGGCCGGUUAUCUAGGAAUUCCCGUUAUUGCUUGGAACGCCGAUAAUUCUGGACUCGAAAGGCGAGCUUCGCAGAGCAACCUGCAGCUACAGUUGGCUCCUUCGUUGGAACAUCAAACGGCUGCGAUGUUGAGUAUCUUGGAGCGAUACAAAUGGCAUCAAUUCAGCGUAGUCACGUCACAGAUCGCGGGCCACGACGAUUUUAUUCAAGCGGUCAGAGAACGUAUUUCCGAUAUGCAAGAUACGUUCAAGUUUAACAUAUUGAGCGCGGUACAGGUAACGGAUGCGAGCGAUCUCUUGGAGUUGGUAAACAGCGAGUCAAGAGUGAUGUUGCUCUACUCGACUCGAGAGGAGGCAAUGCACAUACUCAAGGCUGCCCAAGAUUACAAGAUCACCGGCGAGAAUUACGUUUGGGUCGUCACUCAAAGCGUCAUAGAAACUCUACAAUCGGCCAGUCAGUUCCCGAUUGGAAUGCUCGGCGUGCACUUCGACACGAGCAGCGACAGUCUCAUCAGCGAGAUCAACACAGCUGUCAAAGUUUACGCUUACGCCGUCGAGGACUUUGUAAACGACCCCAAGAACGCGAAUUACACUUUGGACACUCAGCUGAGUUGCGAGGGAGCCGGGGAAGCCCGAUGGAACACUGGAGACUUAUUUUUCAAAUAUCUGAAAAACGUAUCGGUGGAAGGCGAUCAAGGGAAGCCAAACGUCGAAUUCACUCAAGACGGUGUUCUCAAGGCUGCGGAAUUGAAGAUUAUGAAUCUUCGUCCUGGAGUUAGCAAGCAGCUCGUUUGGGAGGAGAUCGGCGUUUGGAAGUCCUGGGAAAAGGAAGGUCUCGACAUAAAGGACAUCGUUUGGCCGGGUAACACGCACACGCCGCCACAAGGAGUACCGGAAAAGUUUAAUUUGAAGAUAACGUUUCUCGAGGAACCACCGUACAUCAAUCUCGCUCCGCCCGAUCCCGUCAGUGGGAAAUGUCUAAUGGAUCGUGGCGUUCAUUGUCGAGUAGCCAAGGAAUCGGACAUAAGCGAGAUGGACAUUCAGUCGGCUCAAAAAAACGGAAGUUUUUAUCAAUGCUGCAGCGGAUUCUGCAUCGAUCUACUUCAAAAAUUUUCCGAGGAAAUAGGCUUCACGUACGAGUUGGCUAGGGUGGAGGACGGGAAAUGGGGUACGCUCGAGAACGGGAAGUGGAAUGGUCUUAUAGCGGAUUUGGUUAACCGGAAGACCGACAUGGUAAUGACGUCCUUGAUGAUAAAUUCCGAAAGAGAGGCAGUCGUGGACUUUACCGUCCCUUACAUGGAAACCGGAAUAGCCAUCGUUGUUGCGAAACGAACUGGAAUAAUAUCACCCACAGCUUUCCUGGAGCCAUUCGACACGGCUUCCUGGAUGUUGGUGGGAAUCGUCGCGAUCCACACCGCGACGGUAAUGAUACUCUUUUUCGAAUGGUUGUCACCGUCCGGUUUCGACAUGAAGGUAAAGCCUUCGGUCGCUCCGCAGAAACCGAAAAAUCCAUCGCCGAAUCAUCGCUUUUCGUUUUGCCGCACUUACUGGUUGGUCUGGGCGGUACUGUUCCAAGCAGCCGUCCAUAUCGAUUCUCCGAGAGGAUUUACAUCCAGAUUCAUGACGAACGUUUGGGCGUUAUUCGCCGUGGUCUUCCUCGCCAUUUACACUGCCAACUUGGCUGCCUUCAUGAUAACGAGGGAGGAGUUUCACGAGUUCUCCGGUGUCGACGAUUAUCGACUGGCCAAACCGUGGUCGCACAAGCCCAUGUUCAAAUUUGGCACCAUACCUUGGAGUCAUACCGACAGCACGCUGGCUAAAUACUUUAAGGAUAUGCACGCUUACAUGAAGGCCUUUAACAAGAGCAGCGUGGCGGAGGGAAUCGAGGCUGUCAUUAGCGGUGAAAUGGACGCAUUCAUAUACGACGGAACCGUCCUCGACUAUUUGGUGGCUCAGGACGAAGAUUGCAGAUUGCUCACGGUUGGAUCCUGGUACGCCAUGACGGGAUACGGCUUGGCCUUUUCUAGAAAUUCCAAAUAUUUGCAAAUGUUCAACAAACGUUUGCUCGAUUAUCGAGACAACGGUGAUCUCGAGCGUUUGAGACGCUUUUGGAUGACGGGCACUUGUAAACCGGGAAAAGAGGUUCAGAAAAGUAGCGACCCUCUGGCGCUCGAACAAUUUUUAAGCGCAUUCCUAUUGUUAAUGAUGGGAAUUCUCCUCGCAGCCGUCUUCCUUCUUCUCGAACAUCUCUAUUUCAAAUACGUGAGACAGCACUUGGCCAAGAGCGACGGCGGUGGAUGCUGCGCUCUUUUCAGCUUGAGCAUGGGAAAAUCUUUGACCUUUCGCGGUGCGGUCUACGAGGCACAGGACAUACUGAGACAUCACAGAUGCAGAGAUCCAAUUUGCGACACUCACUUAUGGAAAGUGAAGCACGAGUUGGACAUGGCCAGGAUCAGGAUACGACAGCUCGAGAAGGAUCUCGAGGCCCAUGGAAUAAAGCCCAGUCAGACCAAGAGGAAAACCGGAAGUCUGGCCUGGUUGCGAGGAUGCUUUCAAAGUUCGGACCGGCAUCGACAUCCGGAACCAUUGACGGUCGAAGCGCCGCAUCCGCUACCGCCAUACUUCGAUUCAUUCAUCGACGCGGUCGAGGUUGCCAGGCCGAGAGACAUGAGCACUAACCACGUAGUAAGCACCGAAUACGCGGAAACCUUUUUACCGACGGAGAUUUACAGAAUUCCGGGCACGGAAGGUGUAAGAACGGAAAUUGCAGAAAUGGAAACAGUUCUGUGAUCGUAAGAAGAUCGGCCUUCAUCGCCCAGACGUUAAAAGAAGCUAAGGAAGCAAGCAACCGAGAGAUACUUAUUCUCCCGAUGAAAAAAGAAAAAAGAAAAAAGAAAAAAAGAAAAAAAAAGAACAAAAAUAUUCCGUCGAAUCCACGAGCAUCGAAUUGGCUUCCUUGCCCUUUUGGAAUCACGGACGACGAGUUCUUUCGUCUCUCCUAAAGGAUAUUUUAUCGACGACGCGAUACGACGCUACGAACGAACGAUUUCAAGAAUCCCGAUCCUACUCCAAAAGACGGAGCCUGAAUUUUACAACGUUUUUUGCUUAAUCAACGAGAGAAAGACGACUAUGAAAAAGAGAAUGACAAUGACGAUGAUCUUUGGCAACGUUCGACGCCUAAUCGACUCGUCUAUUAAGAACGAUCGACGUUAAUUAAGAACGAUGACGGAGGUCCAUCUUUAACCUCUCAUUCUUUCUCACUUUCUCUGCCUCUCUUUUUCUCUCUCUCUCUUUUUCUCUCUCUGCAUCAUAUAUAUUAUAUAUAAUAUCCAAUAUUUUUCCUUACUAUUAAGUCUCCUUCCGUAUCCUUUUUCUCUAUCUCUUCCUCUCUUUCUCUCUCUCUCUCUCUCUCUCUCUCUCUCUGUCUCUU